GGAAGGGGAAGUGGGGGGGCAGGCGGCGGUGGGGAAGAUGGCGUACCAGAGCCUCCGGCUGGAGUACCUGCAGAUCCCACCGGUCAGCCGCGCCUACACCACCGCCUGCGUCCUCACCACCGCCGCUGUGCAGUUGGAAUUGAUCACACCUUUUCAGUUGUACUUCAAUCCUGAAUUAAUCUUUAAACACUUUCAAAUAUGGAGGCUAAUCACCAAUUUCUUAUUUUUUGGUCCGGUUGGAUUCAAUUUUUUAUUUAACAUGAUUUUUCUAUACCGUUACUGUCGAAUGCUAGAAGAAGGCUCUUUCCGGGGCCGAACGGCAGAUUUUGUAUUUAUGUUCCUUUUUGGUGGAUUCUUAAUGACUCUCUUUGGGCUGUUCGUGAGUCUGGUUUUCCUGGGCCAGGCCUUCACCAUAAUGCUCGUGUACGUGUGGAGCCGAAGGAACCCGUACGUCCGCAUGAACUUCUUCGGCCUUCUCAACUUCCAGGCCCCCUUCCUGCCGUGGGUGCUCAUGGGCUUCUCGCUGUUGUUGGGGAACUCUGUCAUCGUGGACCUCCUGGGCAUUGCGGUUGGACACAUCUACUUUUUCUUGGAAGACGUAUUUCCCAAUCAGCCUGGUGGAAUCAGAAUUCUGAAAACGCCAUCUAUCUUGAAGGCUAUUUUCGAUACGCCAGAUGAGGAUCCAAAUUACAAUCCGCUACCCGAAGAGCGGCCCGGAGGCUUCGCGUGGGGCGAGGGCCAGCGCCUCGGCGGUUAGAGCAGCAGCGCCGAUAAUGGGACCGGCUGGGAAGGACUCGGUGACACACCCGCGGGGGUCGUUUUAUCCUUUGUGUUGCAAAAGCGCGGACACUUGACGGCUUGGCAGAGCUCAACUCCAGAAGCACUUUAUGAAAUGGUACACUAGUGAACCCAGCAGGCGCCGGGGGCGGUUGGCCAGCGGCUUCUCGCCACGCCGGCCCCGAAAGCGCGACCCCUCGGAGCCAAACAACUGGAGACACAAAGCCGCCGCCGCCGCUCGCGAGCAGGUGCGGGAGGCCGGAGCCGUGUGGCGUGGGGCUCAGCUUCCCCUCCUCCUCCUCUUUGACAGACAAGGCCGUGGGGUAAAUGGAGGUUUCAGAGAGGACAAAAUAAAACUGAAUUCCGUCUCGCUCUCGCUGAA